AUGUUACAAUGUAACUCUUGCAGUGAUGGCCAAUAUCUGCUUAAUCAUUAGUACUAAAUGGGUGAAUUAAGUACAAAGGGUGUGGAGGAUAUUGCUAAUCGUGCAAUCUUAAGUAUGGCUGUGAAAAAUGCCCUGGCUAAGAGUAGAGCAUAGGAUGGGUAGUUUCUAAGCAAGGAUAUGAUAACCUAUUUCUAACAGACUUUUAAACUUGCCAAAGCAAUUUAUAGGAGUGGAUUAAAAGCAUUGAUAACAGUACAUGUAGUUAAUAUAGCCAAGCUGAACAGAAUUGUCGUGACUAAUCAGAAAUUUGCGUGGAUGCAGCAAGUAAAUAAAGCUGCAAUCAAUGUAAAUACGGCUAUGGACUAUUUGAAGACAUCCAGACUGGCUCUAAAACUUGUCAUUUGUACUUUUAAAAUGGAUAUAAAUACUUCAAAAAUUAUUCAAGAUAAGAUUAUAGCAUGCCUUGAUAGUUACGUUGAUUCUGACUCUGGAUCAUGUACAACUAAUUGUGGGAUAGGGAGAUAUGGAAAAGUUACCUUUUCUAAGAAAGGAGUGAUUUAAACAUCAAUAUGUGACACUGGAUCUUCCUUACCUAAAAAGACUUAUGGAAAAUGCCUUCUUAAAUCAGGAUCAAUGCAAGCAGAAAUAUUCGCUUAUGAAAUUGGUGCUCCUUUUUAAAAUGCAGAGAUUACUAUAAAGUUGUUUCCAGGAAAAACUCAUUAAAUUGAAAGGUUUGAUUCAAACAUUUAUCUUCCAAGAUAUUAUGAUUAGAUCUCAAAUUCGAUAAAGAUUACUAUCGACUCCUUAGAUGGUUAAACUGUAAAAGUUCUACAUAAAAUGAGAGAUUAAUUCAAGAUGCUAGUAGGAGGAGGUCUCACUAUAAGAAACAUAGAAUUUGAUGCAACUGAUUCGAUAAUUGAUUCAUAAUUAUUAAUAUCUCCAAGUUAACUCCUGUCUAGUGAAUUCUAGUGCUUGCUAAAUAAUAAGAUUAAUUGCUGCAACAUCUAGUUCAAUGAAGAUAGUCCAAUAAUCAUAGGAUAAUCUUAUUGCCAAUUUCAGGAAUUUAGUAACUUUUAUUAUGAUUUCACAAGUUUGAUAGAAAUAGAAACCUCUUUGAUACAUUUUGAAACAGAUUAAGAUAUUGAUAUUACUAUGACUGAUUGCUAUUUUGAUAAUAACUUACUAUACAAAAACAUUUCAACUGAUGGUCAAAAUGAUUUAGUUCAAAUUGGAAAGAUUAUACAUUCAAAAGGCUCUGGAAAAUUAAAUAUUCUUUUAUAAUAACUGAUUUGGACUAUUGAUUUAAUGGACCUUAAAACUUACAAAAGUAAUAGUAUCAUUUACUACAACAAAAAUAAUAGUAGACUUAACUUGACCGAUUUUUAAAUUGAAUUUUUGAGUAGCAAUGAUAUUUCUUUGAUAGUACUAGAUUUGAUUUAAUUUCUUGCUUUUGAUAAUGUUACCAUUAUUAAAAUUUAAACAUAGAGAAAUGGAUAACUUAUUAAAACGAGGGCUAAAGAUUCUAUAGUAUAUUUAAGAAAUUCUAAUUUUAACUGCCAGGAUGAGUUGGAUUAAGUCAGCAUAAUCGAUGGACUAGAUGUUUUAGAUUCUUAUAGUUUGAUAGAUUCUGUUGGAUAGAUUGAAAUAAAUGGAUAUAAUAACUCCUUCAAAAACUGCUAUGCUUCUGAAUCUGGAGGAGUUUUUAGCCUAUAGGAUGGUACAAAUUUAAUAGACUAAUUUUCUAACUACACUUCAAUAAGUUCAUAAUAAGGAGGUGUGGUUUAUUGCAUAAAUUGUUCAAUGAACAUGAGCUAUUGUUUGUUUGAAAAUAUAGUGACUAUUAAUGGUGGAGUAGUUUAUGUUGAAGGAAUAUCAACCUUUUUCAUGGAAAAUAGCUUAUUGUUAAAUUUGUUUGCAAAAUAAAGUGGGAGUAUGAUCUAUAUGAUAAAUUUAAUUAAAAGUGAAGCUACAAAUACGUAAGCAAUGAUAAAUAACUGUACAAUUUAAAAAGCACAGUCUAUGUUUGAUGGAGGAUUGCUGUAUCUUGAUUCAUUUGGAGUGUAGAUUAUAAUUUAGGAUAGUACUUUCUCAGAUAUUUAAUCUAAUCAGGGUAAUGGAGGAAUUUUCUAUGUUAAUGAAGCAACUUUACUCUCUAUUUAAAAUACAAGCUUCUAAAAUUAUGAAGCCCAUAAGAAUGGAGCUAUUUUAUAUUCAGAAUCAUAAAGAAUUAUGAUUAGCAUUUCAUCUAGUAACUUCACCUAAAAUCAAAAUGACUAUGAGACCUCUGUAGAUGAUAUGGACUCUGCUCUAUAUGAAUUUAACAGUGGAGCUAUUUAUAUAAAAAACGCCUUACAAGUUAUUUUCAGAAAUAACAUUUUUAGAAAUCAUUUUAGACCCUUUUAGGGUGGAGUUAUGUAUCUAGAGUCAACAACAUUUCAAGAUAAAGAUUCAAUAUAUAACAAUAGUUAUGCUUAUUUCGGAGGUGCAAUGUAUUUUUAUAGUAUGAAUUCUAUAACUCUAGAUUCAGUUAUAUUUGAGAAAAAUCAUGCUUUUAGUGAUGGAGGUUCUAUAUUUAUUGAUGAGCAAAAUGGAAAUUUGAGUUUCAAUAAUAUCACUAUUACAAGGAGUACUUCGAACAUAUGGGGUGGAGCUAUAAUAUUUUAAUCUUAUUCUAAUCAAGAAGAAAAAAGCUUUGAAAUUAUUGGAGGAAAAUUUUCAUUUAUUCAAAGCUAUUCAAGUGGACUGAUGUUUUUUACAGACUAUAAUGCUUAAUUGAUAAUUAAAGAUGCCUAUAUCUAGGAUAUUUAUACAAGAUAAGCUUUUGCAAUAUCAGUCUUAGGAGCUAGAAAUGUUUAUAUUUCCAAUCUAGAUAUCAAUAAUAUAUUCUUAUUUGGAUCUAUCAAAUAGAGUUUUUUGGGUGCUUUAGAAAUUACAGAAAAUAUAUAUAUUACUUCGUCUAUCUUUAAUUGUGUCAACAAUAACCUGACCUACAAAGCUUAAUAAGCAACCAUUAUUGCAGAUGAAAUAUUUUUUAAUCAAAAUUAGUAACUCCCAGGCCCAUUUAUUAUUGCUUAAUAUUUUCCUUAAGCAAUGAUCAAUAAUUUAACUGUUAGAAACUGCUAAAUAGUAAACUUUAUCUAAAAAUCUGUAAUUACUAUGGACGUGGGUGUAAAUCUUUUUAUCGAUAUUAAUUCAACGUAUGAGAAUAUUCAAAAUCCUUACCCUUCUGUAUACUAAAUUAAUUAUGCAAAGGCCUAUCUAUACAACAACACUUACAUCAAUUUGAGUUCUUAAUAAUAUGGAAUGUUAUAUUCCUACCAAAGUUUCAUUUUCAUUUAAGGAAUAUAUGCAAAGAACGUGUCAUGCUUAUCAGUAAAAAGUAAUUGUGGUGUGCUACAAUUUUUAAUGAAUAGAUAGAGUCCUAAUAGGAUUUAAACUUACAGAAAAUAUACUGUCAGAAAUUCAACUUUUAUUGAUAUCAAAAGCAACUCUUAAGGAUCUUUUCUAUAUUUUGAUGACGCACGAGCGAAAAGCUUGGAAUUUUAAUCAAUAACAAUAAUUAAUCCAACUCUCUCAGUUUAAGAAGAUUAAUCAACUUACUAAUCGAACUUAAUGUAUUUAAUAAGAUACCCAACAGGAUUACAAAUCUAGUUUAAUUCACUAAAAGGCUAUCAAUAAACUACAAUAUCUGGCAUGCGCACAAAUGGAGAUAUACUAUUAUUUUUAAAUCAGCCUAACAUGAAUGUCUACUUUAAUGAUACAAUCUUUGAUUGCCAAGGAUAAAGCAGCAAUGAAUAAAGUUAGAAUAAUGUUCUCUUCAUGAUUGGUAUAUAGCCGACUUCAACAUUGUAUACUAAGAAUUGCAUCUUUAAAAACUGUUAGUAUUCAAAUCUUCAAACAUUGAUAAAUAUUAAUUCUGGCCUUUAUCAAGAUGAUGGUUCAAUAUUUAUAAACUCAUCCUUGAAAAAUGGAACAAUAGCUCAAACAAAUGGAUUAGGUAAUUUGACUUUAAAGAAUUCUAAGAUAAUAAAUUGCAGUUCACAGACAAUUGAUGUUGGUUUAAUUUAUCAUUCAAGCUUUGGCAGUGUUUUGCUAGAAAAUGCUUAAUUUCAAGAAAUAAUUACUCGUUCAAAUGGAGGUAUCAUAACCACAACUUUGACUUCAGAUUAGCCUCUUAAUUCAUCAAUUACCAUUAAAAACUGCUAUUUUCUGAACAUACAGUCUAAUCAAGGAGGUUUAAUAUAUUCUAGUAAUUAAAGAGCAAUAAUUAAAAUUCAGAACACUUAGGUUAAAAAUAUCUUUGGAAUUUUUUCGAGCUCAAUAAUACAUAUAUAGAAAGCUGUUUAAGUAGAAAUUUUAGAUUCCCAUUUCCAGAACUUCCAUGCUCCCUAAGCAGGACUCCUCUUCUCAGAAUAUUCUGCUUUUACCUUGAUUAUUAAAAGAUCUGAGUUUGAUAAUAAACUUGGCUUAACUUUUGAAGAGUUAAAAUCAAAGUUUUAGUUAUAUAGAUAAGAUGAUGAUCUUCUUUCAGCUUAGAACUACUUCACAUUCAAAAAUGGAAUAGCAUGCAUUCUUGAACAAAAUAUUUUUAGAUACCUUGGAAUGUCUAGAAAUGGAGGAGUUUUUCUACUAGAAAAUACUCUUUUGACAGACUAUGAUUCUACUUUUGAGUAUAAUAUGGCCUAACAAGGAUCAGCAAUAUACCUUGCAACUGCUAAGGCUGAUUUAAAAGCUACCAAAUUUGAAAAUAAUAUUGCAAAUAUUGGUGGAAGUAUAUAUGCAGUUGCUAACUCUAUAAUAAAUCUCAAUGAUUGCUUAUUUAGAAAUAACCAUGCUUUUGAAUCUGCAGGAGUGAUCUAUAUAUCCAGCUAAUCAGUCCUUCAUACGAAGAACACUUUAUUUACAAAGAAUAAUGCACCAGAAAGUUCUGUUAUCUAAGUACUAAGUUCUCCUUCAGAUUAAAAUAUAACUAUAUAAUCAUCAGAAUUCAGCUAUAAUAAUGCCUCUUCAAAUACUAUGUCUUUUAUGUUUGCAUAAGUUUGGAUAGAAGGUUCAGAAUUCUUAAUGAAUGAUGCUAAAUUCAAAACCAGAAAUAUAAUGUGUGGUUAUUCCAAUGUUACUAUCAAGGAUUCAUAAUUUUAACAUUAAAAUUCUAAAUACAGUUUCAAUGAUAUGACUACAGGUUCAUUUAUUUUUCUAUCCUUUGAAGUGUUCAUAGAUAUUAUAAGAACUUAGUUUAAGAAUGGAAUAAGUCUUGAAGGAGGAGCUAUUUACAUUUUAGGUAAUAUCUAUGUUAACAUAUAAUCUUCAAAGUUUAUUAACAAUCUAGCUCUUUCUAACGGAGGUGCUGUUUAUAGUUCAGGAUUUCAAGAUAUCUAUAUUGGAAAUAAGACACUAUUCUAAGAUAACUAAGCUCUUGAAUCGGGUGAAGAUAUUUAUAUUUCUAAUUCCUUUAACAAAAUUAGAAUCGAUUAGGUUACUAUAAAUAAAAUCAAUUCAAAAAACUCAAUCUUGAUUGAAAAUGCAAUACUAGAAGCAAGUAAUAUAUUAAUAACUGAUACUAAUAGCGAAAGCCAAACAUCAUAAGGUAAUGGUGCUGGGAUAAAAUGCUAGAACUGCAGAGGUUUGUCAAUAAUGAAUUCAAAAUUUUAGAAUUUAAGAUCAUAAUAAGGUGGGUGUCUUUACAUAACAGAGUCUGAAAGUAAUAAAGAAUCUAAUUCAAUAAAUUUAAGCCAUAAAUACAAGAUUGAAAACACUACGUUUUCAAACUGUUCUGCAUUACUAGGUGGAGCCAUCUUUGCUAAUAACCCUUAAUCUUUAAUCAUUACCAGUUCAAUAUUUUAGAGCAAUAAAGCCUACCUCAACGCUAAAAGUAAAUUAGAGUAUUAAGGCAGUGGUGGUGCUAUCUUCUACACAUGUAAUUCUGAUACACUAAAUUGCUAGCUUUAAUUUGCUGGGACCAAUAAUUUCAAAAGCAAUUAAGCGAGAAUCUAAGGAGGAGCUAUAUUUUGGGAUUAAUUAGAGCCUGUGUUCAAUCAAAAUAAUUUAGUCUUUUCUUAGAAUUAAGCUACUUAAUAUGGAAAUGAUAUAGGAAGUUAUUCAUAAGAUCUGAUAAGUGUUAGUUAUUAAUAAUAUGCUCUACAUAUGUAAAAACUUGGCUAUUAGAUAGAAUCAAGAAUGCUAAAUAACUAAUCUGAUUUAGGCAAAAUUACUAGUAAUUAAAUUGAGAAUUAAAGAAGUGGUGGAGAAAUAAAAACUUUAUACCUAUCUAUGUAAGACAAGUAUGGAUAGAUAGUGGGCUCAGAUUUCAGUAGCAAAGUAAAAGCUUCAGUUUAAACAUUAAAUUUGGAUUCUAAUUAGUCAAAGUAUCCACCUUUGAUUGAGGGUAGUUAUAAUUUCGAUACAUUUGGAGGAAUAUCAGUAAUUUAAAAUAUGAAAUUCGUAGGAAACCCUGGAAGUAACUACACAUUAGUAUUUUCAACUAAUGGCAUUGAUGAGAAAAAAUUCUCAAAUUUGUAAGCAAUGAAAUUGCGGAAUACUAGUGAUUUGAAUCUUAAAUUGAGUAUAAAUCUUUAACUGUGUGAAAUUGGUGAUUAGUUUACUACUGCUGGUAAGUGUGAACUAUGUAAAGGUGGCUAUUCUCUUUAAAGAAUGACAGAGCCCGGGACAUGUGAUAUAUGUCCAAUAGAAAAAGCUAUAUGUUUAGGAGGCUCUAACAUAGGUCCAUUACCAGGAUUCUGGAGAAAGAGUAAUUAAUCAAAAAAUUUCAUAACUUGCCCAAAUUAUGCUGCAUGCCUCGGAAUGGUACCUCCUUAAAAUAAUCCAAUUGGGUCUUGUGCUUCUGGCUAUCAAGGAAUAUUGUGUUCUAUAUGUGAAGAAGGAUUUUCUAGAGAUGGGGAAAGCAUUUGCUCAAAAUGCCCUGAUCCUAUAUUGAACUCAAUAAGACUAUUAGUGAUUUUUCUUGUCGUCAUUCUAUUAGUGAUAUUAAUGAUCAGGUCUACAUUAGUGGGUGCCUAAGAUAAGAAUAAUAUCACUAACAUAUUUCAAAAGAAUGUUCUCAACCAUUUCUAGUUAUUGCUAAUGACCGGCACUUUCGAUUUCUAAUGGUCAUCUAAUAUUUUGGGAUUUUUUUCUUAAACAAACAAGGUUGCUACUGCUUACACCUAAAUAUUUAGUUUUGAUUGCUUUUUAAAAGAGAGGAUCAUCACUAAUAAUUCAACUGGGAUAUAUCAAACAUAUCAAUAAGAUUUGAGAAUAUUUUACUAGAAGCUGAUAUUAAUAGCAAUUUUGCCAUUUGUUUUGACAAUUUCUUGCUAUUUAAUAUGGAAAAUCAUACAGAGAAUUAGAAAGGACAUUUAACAAGUUAAUGAUAAGAUUGUAGCGAGUUUAGUUAUAGUUCUAUUCCUUGCUCAUCCUAGUUUAGUAACACAGUCCUUCUCAAUUUUUUAAUGUAAAGAUAUCGAUGAUGAAUCUCGACUACGACUUGAUUUAGAAAUUCAAUGCUGGGAUAAACAGCAUUCUCUAUUUAGCUAUUUCAUUGCUUUGCCAACAAUUAUCUUAUGGGGACUUGGAAUACCAUUUUUUGGUUUAGCUAUCUUGAUAAAAGAAAGGAAAAGUCUAGAUCAAAUAUAAACUAGACAAAAAUACGGUUUUCUUUAUCGUGGAUAUAGAAUAGACUUUUAUUAUUGGGAAAUAGUCAUCAUGUAUAGAAAGAUACUUAUCAUUUUUAUUGCAGUAUUUGUUAGUAGUUUGGGUGUUGUGGCACAGGCUCUUGUAAUGUUCUUUGUAUUGAUAAGUUACCAUUCACUUAACGAUCUUGAAUCAUUAUCCCUAGUGACAUCAAUCAUAACAAUCUUUUGUGGAGUAUUCUUCAUUUUAAACAGACCAUAAGCUUGGAUCAGCUAAAACCCAGAUUACUCAGUGGGCUAUUUGCACCUUUCAACUGCCUCAUAAAAUAUUCUUUUUGCAGUGAUAAUCAUUUCAAAUGCUUUCUUCUUUAUCUACUGGACUUUUAAAAUGUAUCAAGAACUAAGAGCUAAAAUAAGAGAGAGAUUCACAAGACUUUACUUAUUUUUCUGUCUUUGCUAGAAAACAAGUAAAUUAGAAAAAGAGCUGAAAGAUCACGAAAUAAUGAGAGAACAUAAUGAGUUAGCAAUAGAGAUGGACAAGCUAUUUAAACAUUAUAAGCAGUAAUUUAAGUCAGGAUAGUUGUAACUUACAAAACAGAAUAUUGAGAAACUUAUUAUUGUUUUUAGUCUGGAUAACCUCAAGAAGAUAGCAUGCGAAGAUGAACUGAAUUAAGAUUAAAUAUAAGCGAAAAAUUCAAAUAGAUCUUAGCAUGUUACAAAGAGAUAGAAGUUUAGUCGCUCUAAAAUGUUUAGUGCUGAAGAGAAAAAUGAGAGAUGGGGGAGUUAAGAUUUGGAUGAUGAUAAUGAUUUUUAAAGCCAAAGACUAGAUUCUAGGAAUAUAAAUAGCACUAAAUAAAUUACCUUUCAAACGUAAGAGAAACUAAUUGAAGAUUUGCAAGAGGAUAUUGGAUUUUCAGAUUCAAAAAGAGAACUAAGGUUGAAGCAUAUUAAUAAAAAUUAGAAACUCUAAAAAGCAGCCACUAAAAUUUCAGAAACAUCAUUAAAAACUGACUCUGAGUAUCAGCAGUCAUCAGUAAUUAUUAGUAGUGUGCAGAGAAGUGAUUCAAAUACUUUCCAUACAAGUAGGGUAUGGCCCUCUUCAACGAUCGGCAGACAAUAGUUACAAUCCUAAUAAAAUGGCUCGAUUAAAAAUACUUCUGAUACUAAAGAAUUAGAUUUUAGAAAAAAAAAUACUCAAAGUGACUGGGAAUCUCAGGAAAGUAAAUUUCGUGUUGGUAAAACUUUUAAUUCUGAAAGAAAAUAUGAAAAGUAGAUGUCAUAAAAUAAUAGACAAGGAAAUGUUAAUGAAUUAAGCGAUAGUUUAUAGUCAAAUGAUCUAAUAUCAAGAAAGAAAAGCUUGUUUAGCAAGACUAAUCCCACAUCCGAUCUUUCAUUAGGAAAAACUAUUAGGGAUUUAAGACAUAUAUAAGAAGAACAACAAUAGCUUGACCAAAUUGUUGAAGAAUUUAAAAAUAACUCAGGGAAAGGCAUUUAUAUUCAACAAAUUUAGGUUAGGAAAUCAAUCAAGAAAUAACUCACUAAGAGAAGUUAUAGAAGGUAAAUAGAUAACUAAGAAGCAUAAGUAAAAACCAAAUUCAAAGAAGCUUAAAGCAAUAAAUCUAGUUAACGACAGACAAAAAAUAAAGACAGUUUAAUUUUUUUAGAGGAAUUUGAGAAUGAUGAAAGUAGUAAUGAUAUUAGACUUAAUAGUAAUGCCAGCCAAUAGAGUAUUAAUAAAUAAGAUUAGGAAGUGAUUCAAACUAAGGAAGAAUAAGAUUAAAACAACUACUAAGAACUUCAAAAUUCCUAUAUUGCACAAUCAUAGCAGUACGAUUCAGCGAUUAAUGAUAUGACUUAAGAUCUAGAUGAUACAUUUUAGCCUCUAAAGCUUUUGAAAGAUUCUCAUGUUUAGAUUAUAGAUGAAGAUGAUGAUUAUAAGCAAUAAAAUAUAAGCUAGGAUCAACUAGAUGGAAUUUUAGAUUUAUCUGAAGAUGAUAUCCCAAAUGCUGAUUCAAAUUAAGAUUUUGAAAGGUAGCAAGCAUGGACUGAUACUUCUGAUAAAAAAGAGGUGUUAGUUAAGUUUGAAGAUUCAAUUAGAAAGAUAAUUGAAGAAGAUAUUAUUAUUUAAGAAGAUGAAAUUUGA